UGCUACUGGAGGGAGUGACCCAAGUAUAUAAAUGCCUAUAUCGGUCAUGGCCAAGGUUUGUUUUGGUGAAGAAGCCGUUUAGGAGAUGAUGCGGACGGGAUAGCGGUGAUUUCAAGUCUGGUUUCAUCCAACAUGAUCGAGUUACUUCUGAUGUUGCUACUGAUUGGAGCAGGUCUCCAGCCUUCAUCAUCAAUCGAAGAGGAAGAAGAAAAGCCUGAUGUCAAGUAUAAAGGACCCAUCGUGUACACCAAUCUGCCACCUCCAGUGCUGUACUUUCCCAAGUUCCCCACAAAGCCAAAACUAUCAAAUAGAGGUUCUUCAGGGGACUUAGAAGACAAAAAGGUGGAAUAUGUUCCCUUUCCGUACAAAGAUUUACCUCUUCUGGUCUAUCAAUCCGAUAGCCAGCCACCGGUACAUGUAGUCGAAAAAUCUCCUAGUCAAGAUACAAGUCCAGAGGUCACGACAAUGUCUGACGAAAAAGAUCAAAUUAUAAACUCCGCUUACCAGACAGGUCCCGCUAUAUAUCAGAUUUCGAGCAAUAUGCAGAGUAAUCAGCCUCAGUAUUCUAAUGCGCAAUCUACCAACACUCAGUCAAAUUUAAACCACCAAUAUACAGGCAACAUCAUGACUUCUGGACAACAGCAUUUUGUUGGUACUGGUAGUCCGCAAAAUCAGCAGUACAUAAGUAUCGGCGUUUCUCCCAUACAAACUCAAGUAUCAAAUGCUGGACUUCAAAGUAUUCCGAACGCUCCUCCACCUCAAAUGUCAGUGCCAGCUAGUCAAUAUCAGCAACAGCAAAAUACCAUGCCUAAUCAAGUACAAUAUCCAGGGCAGCAAAAUAGUGAUCAACAGCAAUACAGCAUGACUACACAAAUGCACAACUCAAAUGAACAGCAAAUGACUCCAGUGUCAUCUCAAGUGCCAUACUCUGGACAUACUCUGGAUGCUCAACAGUAUCAGCAAGGGCAAUACCAAGAACAACAAAAUAUGAAAUUUUCACAAAAUACACCAAAUUCAAUGCAAGUUCCAGCAAAUCCACAACUGAUCGCACAACAAUUACAGGCUCAUCAGCAAGUGCAGCUUCUUAUACAGCAAAAACUCUUGCAACAGCAAGCACAGCAGCAGCAACAGUUCCAGACAUAUUCAGAACAGCAAGAUAAAAAUCCUCAAUCUGGGAAGCCAGUAGUGAUUCAAAUGAGACCUGGAACAAGUUCGCAACCGCAGCAGCAUUUGGGUAUUUCCAUAUCAACGAUCCAGCAACCUCUAAUUCAAGUUAAUCCCAAACAACAGCAACCUUACGAAGGAGAUUCAUCCUAUCAAGUUAUGCCCCAGUUGCAUCAACAUGCUUCUCAGCAACAAAUACCUCAACAGCAGCAUAUGGUUCAACAACAGAUGCCACAACAAUAUAUGUCUCAGCAACAAAUAUCACAGCAGCAAAUGUCUCACCCGGAAACGCUGCAACAGUACAUGCCUCAGCAGCAAAUUCCACAACAACAUAUGACUCAGCAAACGCCACAGCAACAUAUGACUCAGCAAAUGCCACAACAACAUAUGACUCAGCAAAUGCCACAACAACAUAUGACUCAGCAAAUGCCACAACAACAUAUGACUCAGCAAAUGCCACAACAACAUAUGACUCAGCAAAUGCCACAACAACAUAUGACUCAGCAACCGCAAAUGCCACAACAACUUAAGACUCAGCAAAUGCCACAACAAUAUACAUCUCAACAUCAGAUGCACCAGCAGCAGCAACAACAAACGUAUUCAAAUGCUGACCAAGAUAAUGAGUCAGAUAACCCCCAAUAUGUAAGCAUCGGUGUUUAUCCUUUUAAUAUACCAGCAAGUCCCGAUAAUCAAAAUAUUCAGCAAUACUCUAACGCAAUGAUGCCACCUCAAAAGGACCAAUCUCAAAGUAAUAAUGAUUUAGGAUCGAAAGAAGAAAAUCAAAAUAUGAAUUUGAUGAGUGUACAGAAGCAGCAGAUGUCACCUGAUAGUUCACAAAUGCAUUCUAAUACAGGUUAUCAAUUUAUAAGCAUAGACCUUUCUACGAUUGCUAAUCAAAAUGCAAUUUACCAAAUGAAUUCAUUGGCUGAACAAAACCAGCAAUCUGAUUCUCAUGAACAGAUGGAAGCUAACCAAGAACAAAGUUAUGGAGGAAAUUCGUAUGACCCGCCCCGAAAAGAAAACGUUCAACAGAUAUUAAUUCACAUUCCUCACAAUUUAUUAUCAGAGCAGCAAUCGCAAUCACAAAAUCACAUGGCAAAAGAGGCAGAAUUACCAUACACAGGAGCAGCGCAAGUGGUAAACUUCGUAGAUGGAUCGAACAAAAUCUCAAACAGUCAUUUAAGUGUUCCAAAAUUUAAUGGUGAUAGACAACAUCACCUACAAACACGUCCCACGUUUGGUCGCCCUUCCUCUUCCCAGCGUGUUCCAAAACAGGUUACACAUGGAGGAGGUGGACUAAGCUUUAGCAUGAGCCAAGCCAAUUUUCCACAUUCAUUAAACAUCCAGAAACCAGAUUUCGCCGACUUUCGUGUUCCCCCAUUUCCUCUCACAAAAGAUUUUACAAAGUACUUCCACACAAAUGAAUUCUGUUAGAUCAAAGAAAUAUCCUGAAAAUCUAUCUCAUCAGAGUCACCAUGGAUACGGAUUCGAACGGUAUAGGAACUUGCCACAGUACCCAAAAUUCAGGAAUGGUUUCGGAAAUUCACCCUUGGCAAGUAGUACAUCUCCGCACGG